AUGGAAACGUUCGUUUAUUUGCGAAACUCUGAGAUUGCCGAAACAGUUUCACACACGAGAAGAGGCUCAGAGAACGAUGAUGAAGAAAGUAGUAGUGAACAAGAUGGUCAAGAUUUAGAUAUGAGUUCACUUAAUGAUCGAAUUCAACAAACGAAUGAAAUUCGUCAGAAUGCGAGAGAAGGUCAGAAACGUCAAGCUGAUCAAUUUUUACAAAAUACAUUAAGAUGA